UUGCAGGCUUUGAACGAAGAAACACAUCAGCAUGCCUACACUCUCAACGAAAAAGUUUUUAUUCCAAGAUCUCAUGGGCGAAGAAUUAAAGGUUCAAAGUGCAAUUUCAUCGGACGUAUAAUAGGCCCAGCCGGAAUGAGUGUCAAACAAUUGGAAUCAGAUACUGGCUGUCAUAUUUUGAUUCGAGGAAGAGGAAGUGUAAAGGAUCCUCGAAAAGAACAACGGCUUCGCGGUCAGCCAGGAUGGGAUCACCUUGAAGAGCCUCUACACGUGCUUGUCACUGCAGUCGAUCACAACCAUAUUGUGUUCGUUUGA